CGCCGUGUCAUUUUGUCAGAUCUGUCAGACAAGACGAUUUCAUUUGGUUCCAGUCUGUGAUAUGAAGAUGGACUGGGGUCUGACCCAAACACAGCAAGACGCUUUAACAUGGUUCACAAAGUCCCAGCUGCAGGCGGUGAUCAGGAAUGGGAUCAUUCCUGAGUGGUUUCAUGGCAUCAUUUCCAGGAAGACAGCAGAAGAACUACUGAUGCCCAAACCACCUGGCUACUUCCUCAUCAGAGUCAGUGAGAGUAGGAUUGGCUACACCCUCUCCUAUCGGGCUGAGGACCGCUGUAGACACUUUAUGAUCGAUGCUCUGGAGGACGGCGAUUACAUCAUCGUAGGAGAAAACACACGUCACAGACUUCUGCAGGAUCUGGUGGACUUUCAUCGUAGGACUCCCAUAAUGCCUUACAGUGAGGUGCUGACUGUCCCCUGUGGACAGGCAACAAAUGACAAGGUUGACUAUGCGGAGCUACUGUUUCCUCAAAGACGCCUGACCCCUAACAGCAUUUCACCUCCAAACAAUUCAAUACAACCCAUCAAGAGCCACCCAGUAUCACAGGAGGACGUACCGCCUGCUCUUCCUCAUCGGCCAACGAACCUGAGGCACUCUGUAGCCCUGUUUCCAAACAGCCAACCAGGCAGACUGUAUCCGUCAUUGGAAGAACAAUGCUCAUUUGUCUUCUCCUCACCUCCAGACAUGCCUGUGCCUACAACCAGAAAGAGAUACACAGUCACCGACACCACCCUCAGCCAACCGCCUGCAGUUGCUUCUAGGAGCUGUAUGCCUCUACCAAAGCCAAACCAGUCUUGCAUCCAAACCAUCUCCAGCCCUCAGAGUCCAUCUGCACAGGACGCCAACGUCCAGCCUGUAAAGGGCCAAGACACAAAGCCAUCAGUUGUCAGUAACCUAAAAAACUUUAAGAAGAAGUUUCAAAAGAAGAGAAGCUCAUCAUUGGAGUAUGUGUACGAGGACAUUAAUGUGGGGGCAGACCAGAGGGCCAAAUCCGCUGAAAGCACUGAAGAUACUGAGCAUGAAUACCAGGAGAUCCCAGGGCUACAGCAAAUGGUUGAAGGUUCUCAUUUUUCCUACAAUUGCACCCCUGUGAGUGAUGGAGUCUUACCUCAGGAGUACCUGCCCCCACCGCCUUUCGCCCCUGGUUACUAAGACACAGCUACCAUCUGACCAAAUACAAUACAGAUGGUUUGAUCAGCAGAUCUUUGGUCACGUUAAAUAAUGGUGGAUCAAGGAACAGACAUGGAACAUUUCAAGCUCACAUACUGUAUGUUUAAUGAUGCAACUUUUGAUUUUGUUUUGGCCAUCUUGUUUCUCUACAUUAAAGAUCUUACAUAGACCUGUUAGGUUAAAUAUGGGAGAUUUCUGCAUGUUUAGGGGGUUACUGAGCAGCAAGGGCUAUGGGACAAAAGUGAAGCCAGCGUGGAAGGGUUUUAAGUGUAAUACUGACACGAUACUGGCUCCAAAGGCAUGGCUCCCAUAGAACUUCCUUCCUUCCUUCUUGCCUCAUUCGCUGCAUUUGGAGGUUCUGGAGGUUCAUCUUUAAAUUAUCUUUGUGAAUAACAUUUUAGGGUUAGUAGAAUGUUGUGAUGUUCUUUUGUGUUGGGCUUUGAUUGAUAGCUCACUUAUCUGCCAAACUGGAAUUUUCCGAGCUUCUGUUGAUCGAGUAUAACAUUUCUCUUUCCUGACAAACAGCUCAAUUAUAGUUGUGGUUUGAAGUUAAACUAACAGAGCAUCAAAUAAGUGUAAAUGUAUGAUAAAAUUUGUUUUAAUGUGCGUAAGUAAGCAAGCAUUUAGCCAUAGUUCACACAGUACUUCUUGUACUCUCCUGAAUUAUCUCAUCACUUCUGGCACCAAAAAAACCAAUAUGGUUAUGGCCAAAAUGCCAAGUCCUACUUAAAAAUAACAGUUUAAAAACCAACUCCAGCUAUUGGCAGAUGCUAGGCAACUCCAAUUCUAAGCUAUUGGAAAUUACAUAGAAAUAUAAGCAUAGAAAUUGAUUCAGCUAAUAAUCAUCUGAGUCCCAACACAAAACAGACUUCAACCAUCUAAGUACCCAAACAUGAGCAAAUAUACUGAACUUU